AUGGCCAAGGCUGACGCAUCCGACGCCGGUUCAUUUUCCGGUGCCAUGUUCACCUCCGACCGCCUCAACGAGCUUCACAUCAAAGACCACGUACCCGUCAUCCUCGACCUCGACUCGCCGUCCUACAACGCAUGGCGCACCUACUUCGCGCUGCUGUUCCGCUCUUACCGUCUCAUCGAGCAUGUUGAUGGGAGCGUCGACUUCCGCGAUAUGAAGGACGACGACGAGUGGCUUGCUGUGGACGCCUGCAUCGUCAAGUGGCUCUUCCUCACCAUCUCCGGCGGCCUCUUCAACAUGGUGAACGCCCGUGAUCCGUCCGCGUAUGCUAUGUGGACGCGCCUGUGUGAUCUCUUCCUCGACAAUCAACUCCAGCGCGUUUUUCUUCAAGGGGAGUUCUUCACUAUGCAGCAAAACGAUCUUUCGAUCGAUGAGUACUGCACGCGGCUGAAGGUCCUCGCCGAUGAGCUACGCGACGUCGGCAUGAACAUCGACGACUCCGUCCUCCUCACCAACCUCCUCCGCGGCCUCCACCCCGACCUUGGCCAGUCCGCCGCCAACCUCUCCCUCGUCACGCCGACGUACGCGAAGGCGGUCACAUAUCUUCGCAUGGAGGGAAAGCGUCUCCGUCACACCGCCCGGCAGGCGACCCACGCCGCCCUCCACGUCGGUCUCGCCGCUGGCCACGGCGCUCCGCCAACUCCGCCAGCGCCACGCGCGCUUCCUCUGACCCCUCCACUCGCACCCGCGUCCGCUGGUGGAUGCAAGCAGAAGGACUGCGGGGGUCGCGGCCGCAACACCAACACAACGCCGCGCCCUCCCGUGGCAACCGCGGCCGCCCCUCCUCCGCCGUGGCUCUCGGGGUAUAAUCCCUGGACGGGGGUUGUGCAUGCUUACUCCAUGCCCGUUCCCCGCCCUCCCGCUCCUUGCAUCCUCGGGCCGCGGCCGUCUUCUCAUCAGGCGCUGCUGACCGCGCCGGCUCCUGCGGCAUACGGCAAUGCCGUGGCCUACAGUGGCCCCUCGGCCUACGACGGUCACUCAGGAUACGUCGCAUAUGGCGGAGCCCCUCCGGUCUACGACCCGGUGCUCCUCUCCGCUCUUCAUGCUGCCCCCUCGCCGAGCACCUACAACGGGGGCGGCGAUUGGAUGCUCGCGCCCGGAGGGUUCUGCACCGAUGUGAUUCCCCCGAUGAUCUCUACCCAUGUGGUCCUACGACGAGUGGCGGCCCAGUUGCUCUUCAUGCCGAUGUCUCGCUUUGGCACGCUCGACUUGGCCAUCCCGGCGCCGACGCUCUUCACAAAGUUUUGA